CUAACCAUGGGCAAGAGAGUGGCCAUCAUUGGAGCAGGUGUCAGUGGCUUAGCGGCAAUCCGGUGCUGUCUGGAGGAAGGGUUGGAGCCCACCUGCUUUGAAAGAAGCACUGAUGUCGGAGGCCUAUGGAAAUUCUCGGACCAAGCAGAGGACGGCAGAGCCAGCAUUUACCAGUCGGUAUUCACCAACUCUUCAAAAGAAAUGAUGUGUUUCCCAGACUAUCCCUACCCAGAUGAUUACCCAAACUUCAUGCACCACAGCAAGCUCCAGGAAUACAUAAAGAUGUUUGCUCAAAAGAAGAAUCUUUUAAGAUAUAUACAGUUUGAGACCCUGGUUUCCAGUAUAAAGAAAUGUCCCAGCUUCUCAGUCACUGGCCAGUGGGUUGUUGUCACUGAAAAGGAUGGGGAGCAGACGUCUAUUGUGUUUGAUGCUGUAAUGAUCUGUUCAGGACAUCAUGUAUACCCAAAUAUGCCAACUGAUUCUUUUCCUGGCCUAGACCAGUUUCAAGGCAAAUACCUCCACAGCCGGGAUUACAAAGGUCCAGAAGUCUUCAAGGGGAAGAGAGUCCUUGUAAUUGGCAUGGGAAACUCAGCCUCAGACAUUGCUGUUGAACUCAGUCGUCAGGCCACACAGGUCAUUAUCAGCACAAGAAGUGGUUCCUGGGUCAUGAGUCGGGUUUGGGAUGACGGUUAUCCUUGGGAUAUGGUAUAUGUUACCCGAUUUGCAACCUUUCUCCGGAAUGUGCUUCCUUCAUUUGUAUCUGACUGGUUAUAUGUCAAGAAGAUGAAUACGUGGUUUAAACAUGAGAACUAUGGCCUGAUGCCUCUAAAUGGUUCCCUAAGAAAAGAGCCCGUCUUCAACGAUGAGCUUCCAUCCCGCAUCCUGUGUGGCACCUUGUCCAUCAAGCCCAGUGUGAAGAAAUUCACAGAAACCUCCGCUGUAUUUGAGGAUGGCACCAUGUUUGAGGCCAUCGACUGUAUCAUCUUUGCAACAGGCUAUGGCUAUGCCUACCCCUUCCUAGAUGACUCCAUCAUCAAAAGCAGAAACAAUGAAGUCACCUUGUAUAAAGGCAUCUUCCCUCCUCAACUAGAGAAAUCAACCAUGGCAGUGAUUGGCCUCGUCCAGUCCCUUGGGGCUGCCAUCCCCACAGCUGACCUGCAGGCCCGCUGGGCUGCUAAAGUAUUUACAAACACAUGUACCCUGCCAACUACAAACAACAUGAUGAAUGACAUUGAUGAGAAAAUGGGAAAGAAACUCAAGUGCAUGUUUUGUUUGUUUUCUUUCCUCAGGUUUGGCCAGAGCCAUACCUUGCAGACAGAUUAUAUCACAUACAUGGAUGAGCUGAGUUCCUUCAUAGGGGCCAAGCCUAACAUACCAUGGUUCUUCCUGACUGAUCCUAAGCUGGCCCUGGAGGUGUACUUUGGCCCUUGUAGUCCAUACCAGUUUCGACUGAUGGGACCAGGAAAGUGGGACGGAGCCAGAAAUGCCAUCUUGACCCAAUGGAACCGGACAGUAAAGCCAACUAAGACAAGAGCAGUGGGCAAAGCCCAGGAGCCCCAUCACUUUUGCAACUUGCUAAAAAUGCUUUUUCUCCCAGUGCUCUUUCUGGCUGCUCUACUCACACUUUAUUAA